AUGCUUUGGAUCCCUGCAGCCAUUUUUACCUCGCUCCUCCUUGGAGAGUCUAGUGGAACGCCGGUUGAGAAGCGUGCGGCCUACUACAAAAGUGCUUUCCGCAAUGGCGACUACCCUCUCGAUGUCGUGGACCAGCUUGAGGCGGACACAAUGCCCAAAGUAGGGGAAUGGGUGGCCAGGAAGAGUAACUCGAACGGAUGUACCCUCGAAAACGCUGCUGUGCGAAGGGAAUGGAGCGACUUGUCCGUCCCUGAGCGCGAAGAGUACAUUGCUGCUGUGCUCUGCCUGAUGAAGCGGCCAUCGCAGGCGCCCAAGGAUGAAUUUCCCGGCGCGCUCAAUCGCUUUGACGACUUUGUUGCCUUUCACAUGACCCAGGCUGGUCCUCUACAUGGGCCGACAAACCUUUUUGCAGCUCACAGGUACUUCAUCUGGGCGUACGAGAACGCACUGCGCCAAGAGUGCGGGUACAAGGGCUACCAGCCGUACAUGAACUACGACCGCUACGCCGAGGACCCGAUAAACUCGCCAAUGUUCAACGGCAACAUGUCCAGCAUGGGCGGGCAGGGCGAGCCCAAUGACUACAGGGGUGUCUUGAUGGGCUUUCGCGCACCAUAUAAUCUUAUCAAGCCAGGAGGAGGCGGAGGCUGCGUGAAGGAUGGACCCUUUAAAGAUAUGGUGGUCAGUCUCGGCCCGAGAGCGACCGUCGUCAACGGGAUCCCACGCAACCCCCGCGCCGACGGACUGGGCUCGAACCCACGCUGCCUCCGACGCGAUGUGAACCGCAACUCUGCCCUCGGCGCCAGGGCAAACUAUUCGUACUCGCUCAUCACCGAAUACCCGCACGUCAACAACUUCUAUGACCGCUAUCUGGGCCAGCCCUUCCUACAAAACGAUGCGCAUCCAUGGGGACUUCACAACGCUGGACACUUUAUGAUCGGGGGCGAUCCUGGCGGCGACUUUUACGCCUCGCCCGGUGACCCGGCCUUCUACUUCCACCACGGCGCCCUGGACCGACUGUGGUGGAUCUGGCAGAUGCAGGACCCGGAGAUGCGCGUGCAGGGCAGCAACGCCAUCCCGGAUCUCAACCGCAUGGGUGCCGCGCCCGGCCCGGCUCCUCGUCCGGAGCCUGGGCAGGCCGUCGAGGACAUGGUGGUCGAUCUCAAGUGGCUCGCGCCCCAGUCCACCCUCAAGCAGCUCAAUGAUUUGUUUGGAGGCAACGACGGGAAGAUCUGCUACUAUUACGUGUGA